GUAAAACGCAGUGCAGAACUUCAGCUUACAGCGGAACUCUAUGAGAAUUCUUAAGAGCAAAAAGCUCCCUUCUCACGGAGACUGAAAUAUGCUUCAAAGGUAGUGACUGAGAAAUUGCUGAUUCUCAGCACUUUCAGCUUUGAUGAAUUUGCUCAAUUUACAGAACAGAUUUUUUUCUUUCCUUCCUGUCAACGGCCAGAGAGUAUAAAGUAAAUGACAGCUUGUCAUUCAGUUCAGAGCUUUGGGAAUCACACAGCAUUUAGCAGCUAAGAUCAUUCGGUUUCCCUCACGUCUGUGCAUUUUUUUAUGCUGGAAAGCAACAUAAUGUAUUACAACUUCUUGAAGGUAAAAAAUCCACAGUUCUGGGAAAUAUUAUCAAGUGGUACUAAGUUCUGCAGCCCCAAGAACAUAUAAAACAACCUAUAAAUAUGUUUAUGCCGAGCCGAGAGCUUCAUGAUAGCACCCAAUCUAAAUGCACCACAUCUGUCCAACCCUCUCAACUCAAUCCCACAAACCCUCCUGGAUCUUCUAGCAAACCAAAGCAAGGUGGAUUCAGGAAGAUCCGUUCCACUGGAGAACCAAUCCCAUGUCCAAUCCCAGGACUGCCAUCUGAGGUGCUGGAAAUGCGCGUGAAGGAAGGGAGCAAGAUCAGGAACCUUUUGGGUUUUGCCAUGUCUCGAAUUGAAGGUGACGGACACACGGCUCCAGCAUCGCAGGUCGUGUUCAGCGGGACGGGACGGGCCGUGACCAAAACCAUCACCUGUGCGGAGAUAAUGAAACGCAAGGUGCAGGGUUUACACCAGCUGUCAAAGCUCCAGUACAGGACAGUGACUGAGGUGUGGGAGAGCCAGGAGAGCGGCCCGCUUCAGAUGACCAUACACAGAACUCUUCCUUCCAUUUGUAUCCUUCUGUCCAAAGAGCCACUGGACCCGCAGGAGCCGGGAUACCAGCCUCCAGCCGAAAUAAACGCUCUCUCAGAGGAAAGCAAAUGGCCAGACGGACCGCAGGGGACUGGAAAGACAGAAAAAAGACCAGCGAGUCCUUGUUCUCAUGAUCUUCGCAGUCUUAAGAGAGCUGCUCUGGGACAGGACAAAAGUCCAGCACUGCAACCAGUGAAAAAGUCUUACUAUAAAAGGGAGGAAUUCAUAUAAAUGUUUUGUGCGUGUGUGUGUGUGUGUGUGUGUAUUUAUAACUUGCUUAACUGUCGUAUAAUUUGGCCAUAUCAGGAUGCAGUAAAUGUGAAUGUUUAAUCUGAGUGA